AUGGCCCGGACGGCUUCUACAUGUUGCUUCGAUGAGCUCGUGCGAGAAAGACAUACGGUGGCGCACGAGAGCCGUCGUACGUGGGGUCGCUUCGCCACUGACAGUGGGGAUGCUCUCAAGAUCAACGAUGUCCUUUGGGAGGCUCCUAAAGUCGAUCUUUCCUACUUCACCCCGAUGCAGUUUCAAAGAAUCAUCUCGAGCUUGACAGACCCAAACUUUCCGAGCAAGGAAUCGAAUGAGUCAUGGCAGAAGGACCAGGCCGGUGAUUUUAAGACCGCGACCAAGGAACGAGUGGAACAUAUUUGGCUUGAUGUAGCCUGUAUUAACCAGGGACCUUCGAUUGAAAAUGCCUGCGAGCGGCUAGAGGAGAUCAACAAGCAAGGCGUGAUCUUCGGUCGAGCUGAAACGGUGUACGUUUGGCUCAGUCACCACCGGUCAGACAAUCUCAUCAACAUUCUACUGCAAGUUAGCCGCCUUGCAAGAUGCCUCGAGCAAGGCCUACACUCGUCUCCGGAAAGGGGUCCCAUGGGAAAUGGACUAGUGACAUCAACGUGGUUGGACGCUGCUACGACGCGCUUUGAGAGGCUUCUGUCUGAUCCAUGGUUCGACUCCCUUUGGACUCUACAAGAAGCAUUCCUGCGUCAGGACGCCCUUCUCCUUUUUUUUGAAGCCCGGCCUGUUCCGCUAGAUCCUGAUACCCGAACGAUGCUUGAAAAUCUGAUCAGAUAUCGAGCGGAGCAAGUGUGGAGAGACGAUUAUGAUAUCCAUGAGACAUCAGCCCACGGCCAAUACUGGACAGUAUCAACCCUGGCAACAGUCUUGUCACUGGUGCACGGACUUUUACUAUCGCUAUUAUCAGAUGACUUUUCCCUUCCUCUGGCGAUCUGCAUGCAAAAACCGCAAAUCUAUUUUCCAUCAUCCAACGGUCGGGCCUCUGCUAUUUCGGCACGACGACUCCAAUUCGACCUCGUGUACGGCUGCAUGCAGAUCUUCAACGUCCACCUUGGAAGACCCGAAAGGCUGUUCACAAACUCGGAGUCACUGGAGGAACUCAAUGACGAGCUCGUCAUCUGGCUCACCAACCGCCAUGGCUCGAGCUCGCAGAUGUUCAUACACACCCAGCCAGCGCUGCUGGGUAAGUCGUGGCGUUUCUCCCUCCAAUCUGAGGUGACGGAUGAUUUUAUGCCCAGCAUGUUCCGCAGUAACGAGAUGUACAUGCAGUUUUGGGAUGCGAAGCCCCAUCGCUGGGGCUUGCGCUUCUCCGCCAUAGCCUAUGGGUUUGAAGCACUUGCAGAGCGAUGGAGGAGCCCGACACAGACAAAUCCGAAUACCUCGGAUGUGGAGAGAGAGCUCUUCUUACACCGGCCUGCCGUCGGGCCAUUGAAGUCCAUCGCUGUGGAUGAGAAUGCCCAUUUCGACGGACUGCCAUCGCGUCUGAACGGAGUUCGGUUGCGCAGCAGCGAAAGGACCACACUCGUGAAUUGGCUCGUAGAUCAUUUUGCCACCGCGUGUGACUUGCGCGUAUUUUUUUUCAUGGACCGCCUGUGGUCCCGAGCCGACGGUCCCGUAUUUUACUGCAUGGGGAUCAUUGCUCUCAAGAAGCACGACGACGAAUAUGGGGAAUACUGGCAGCGGUUAGGUAUCUGUCUGUGGGAGACGAAUUUGGUGCCUUUGCGAAACGAGUGCGGGAAAGGACGAUGGGAGCAUAUCGAUGGACUUUACGUGUAA